AAGGGCCACCGUCAUGGCCGUUUUGAUGCCUGGCUGUGCUGGCGAUCAUGGGAAGGUCUGGCUUGGCUCUAAAUUUCGGGAAGAGUUGGACUGCGAGGCGAAGGCUAUGGAGCCACUGCGUCCGUAUCCUAUCGCUAUAUUAACCUGCUAGAGUCCCCAGUGUCGCCCUUCCUAAAACCAUCCUAUCGAUCCGUCCAUCAGGCCCUCAAGUCCACAAAUACAAACUCUACAUCACACGCAGGCGACCCUACGUCACACACCCACAUAAUUCUAGAUCUACACUGUCAACACUCACAAUGAAGUUCGCGGCCAUCACCCUGCUCCUCGCAACCCUCACUCUCGCCACUCCCAACGCUGCACCAGCAACUCCCCAAACCAACGCCGAACUCGAAGCAGCACUCUCACCGCGUGAAGCCGACUCCUCCGUGCCCGAAAUUGACGCGCGUGCAGCAGGUAUCCAACUUUCGGCCCGCGAUCCUAAGAAGGGCAAACCCAAGACUGGAGGCGGGAACGAUAACUCGACUGAUAGCGCUGCGGGUAUGAUGAGCCCGUCGCUGGCGCUGGAGCUGGGUGCACUGGGUUUGGGGAUUAUGGAGGUGGUGAGACUUUGGGGUUAGAUUUUGGGGUUAGAUCGGUUGGAUAAGUGCAUCGUGUUUCAGGGAGGGAGGAAGACGAGAUUGGAGCUUGGAAUUGAUAUACCCUUUGGGUGGGUCAUGAGUUGGAUACAUUUACAGAAACUGGGUUUCAGCGAACAUAUUUGAAUUGAAUGGGAGUCACUGGGCGGGCUUUUUGCUCAAAGCGCCUCACAUAUUGGCGUCAUAAUGUCUUCAUGUCUCUCUAGCUUCAUUUCUCUGCUUAGUUGGUUCUGCUCAUAUCUUCAGCAGAGAUCAUUAUCACCGCCACUUGGAAUACAUCAAUUAAGAACAGUUGCUAUUAA